UUGUAAUUCUUUUCUUUACUACAAGUUACAUGCAAGAUUAUUGAUAACUCAACAUAAAAGAUUACUGUUAUAUUUUUUUAGGGUUAUUAUUUUAAUUCUUAAUACAAAUUUUUGAUUCCUAAAAUUAAAACAAAAGUGAAGACUCAUUAAAACGGUUUAAAUUGUGUUUUUUUGUGAUGAAUCAGAAUGAGCGUUUUUUUAAUUGAUUUAUGUUUUUGUGCCAAAGUGGAUUACUUUAUGCCAAGAUAUUAUUCUAUGUUCCUCACAGGUUAAUUAGGAUGCAUAGGGUUAACAGGUUAAGUAGAAGGUUGUUCAGAUUGUCUGCUGUUGCCCAAACGAGAGCUACAUGCGCUGUAAACAAAGAUGUAUUGCUGGUCAAACACCAUCCAAAGUUAGCUGCCAAACACACCCAACAUGUGAGAUGGUUGAAUACAACUUGUGUAAGAACCGGUUUGGUCCAGUUUAAACUGGCUGAUAUUGGUGAAGGGAUAAAGGAAGCUGAGAUGUUGGAAUGGUUUGUAGAAGAAGGGGAAAAAGUUUCGCAGUUUCAAGAUAUUUGUGAGGUUCAAAGUGACAAAUCCACGGCAAAAAUCACGAGUCGUUAUGACGGGGUGAUUAUGAAGCGAUAUUAUGAUAUUGGUGAAAAUGCACAAGUUGGAACGACGCUUGUCGAUAUUGAAGUGGAGGGUGAAGAAGAUGGGACGGAAGCUAAACAAGACGAAACACCAGAUGUUCCUACAACUAUUGAACCCCCAACACCCACGCAAACCCCAGAAACACAAGGUGUUCUCGCUACACCAGCUGUAAGAAGACUUGCGAAGGAGCAUGGACUGGAUCUCAAUGAUAUUAAAGGCAGUGGUAAGGAUGGCAGAGUGGUGAAGGAGGAUAUCAUGGAGUUUAUUGAUCAACCUGAAGCUACUAUGACAUCAUCAUCACCUACUAUGAUGCCAUCAAUACCCACUGUGAUGCUACAAGAUAAAACGGAAAAAUUGAAAGGAAUUAGGAAGGCGAUGGUUCGUUCAAUGAAAGCAUCACUCGAUAUUCCUCACUUUGGUUAUGAUGAUGAAUACGACAUGAGUGAACUGGUUUUGUUGAGGAAGAAGAUAAAGAAAGAAGUGAAACACAACACUGGUGUUAAGUUGUCAUACAUGCCGUUUAUAAUGAAGGCAACAUCUGCUGCACUCGCACAAUACCCAAUACUUAACUCACAACUUGAUGGUGGACAUGAAAAUAUUAUUUACAAGGCUGACCACAACAUUGGAGUAGCAGUCGACACCCCGCAUGGGUUGCUUCUACCCAGCGUGAAGUCCGUUCAAAACCUUUCCAUCAUUGAAAUAGCUGUGGAGUUGAAUAGAUUACACGAAGCGGGGUUGAAUAAUAAACUUACACAGCAGGAUGUGGUUGGCGGGACGUUUAGUUUGUCUAAUAUUGGUUCGAUUGGAGGAACUUACGCUCGACCCGUGAUAUUUCCACCACAAGUUGCCAUCGGGGCUCUUGGGAAAAUACAGAUUUUACCUCGUUAUAAUUAUGAUGGUGACAUCACCAAGUCCCACAUAAUGUGUGUAAGUUGGUCAGCUGACCACCGGGUUAUAGAGGGAGCAACAAUGGCGCGUUUCUCUAACUUACUCAAGGAUUAUUUGGAAAACCCUUCGAAAUUACUUUUGUAUUUGAAGUAAUUGUCAUAUUUUUUCAUGGGUGCUGUGUGUGUGUUUGUUUUAAAAGUUUCCAUUUUAGACCAAACAUAAUAACUUGCUUAUUCCACUGUUGCGGGCCAGGGGUGGGAACUUGUAAAUCAUAUUAUUCUGGCUUGAAAUUAUUGCAUUACAUUAACUCGUAUUUCGACAUCAUAUCUAAAUAGUUAUAAGUGUGAAAGAGAUCUUUUGGCAAACUUUUUUAAGACUUAAGGUCCCAUGUUUUGUCCACCAUGGGGCGAGACGUCAUCAGUGUUUGCUGUUAAGUGUCUUAUUCAAGCCCCAAAAAAACUCUUUCACACUUGUAAUACACUUACCGACAACAACAUAUGCAUGUCCAAACAAGUUUGCCCACCCCUGAGCUUUAUCUAAUAUUUUAACAAACAUUUAGGUAUAUUUUGCUCCCAUGGUAAUUAUGAUAUAUAAGCUUUAGUUCAAUCAAUGUUAUAUUUGGUGCAUCAGUAGCUAACAUCAUGUACAUUGUUUAUUGCCUAGCUCUGCCAAUAAUAUGGAUCAUAUUUAUUUAUUCCUAUUAUGAAAUACACAAAUACUUUUGCAUAAA